AUGUCGUCCAACACAUAUCCCACCAUGCUCACAAAGUUCGAGUCCAAGUCGUCGAGAGCAAAGGGCAUUGCCUUCCAUCCCAAGCGACGCAACCACUCUUCGUGUCCGGUGGUGACNGACUACAAGAUCAAGGUCUGGUCGCUCCAGACUCGUCGCUGUCUCUUCACUCUCAACGGCCAUCUCGACUAUGUCCGCACCGUCUUCUUUCACCACGAGCUACCCUGGAUCAUUUCGGCCUCGGACGACCAGACCAUUCGCAUCUGGAACUGGCAGAACCGCUCGCUGAUCUGCACCAUGACUGGCCACAACCACUACGCCAUGUGCGCUCAGUUCCAUCCCAAAGAAGACCUCGUCGUUUCUGCCUCGCUCGAUCAGUCCGUCCGUGUCUGGGACAUCUCAGGCCUCCGCAAGAAGCACUCGGCUCCUACCUCGAUGACCUUCGAAGACCAGAUGGCUCGCGCCAACGCAAACCAGGCAGACAUGUUCGGCAACACAGACGCCGUUGUCAAGUUUGUGCUCGAGGGCCACGAUCGUGGUGUCAACUGGGUUUCUUUCCACCCCACCCUGCCGCUGAUUGUUUCAGCCGGUGAUGAUCGCUUGAUCAAGCUCUGGAGAAUGAGCGAAACAAAAGCUUGGGAGGUGGAUACAUGCAGAGGUCACUUCCAGAAUGCUUCAGCCGCUCUGUUCCAUCCUCAUCAGGACCUGAUUCUGUCGGUUGGCGAAGACAAGACCUUGCGCGUUUGGGACCUCAACAAGCGUUCUUCGGUUCAGUCGUUCAAGCGUGAGAACGACCGUUUCUGGACUAUCGCUGCUCAUCCUGAGAUUAACCUGUUCGCCGCUGGCCACGACAAUGGUGUUAUGGUCUUCAAGCUUGAGCGUGAGCGCCCUGCUUCGGCCGUCUACCAAAACAACCUCUUCUACAUCACAAAGGACAAGCAGGUCCGCUCCUACGACUUCACCAAGAACAUUGAGAGUCCCUCGAUGCUCUCACUCAAGAAGCUUGGCAGCCCCUGGGUACCCCCACGUGCAAUCUCAUACAACCCUGCAGAGCGCGCAGUUCUGGUCACCUCCNCCGCCGACGGUGGCUGCUACGAACUGAUCAACCUGCCCAGAGACGCUUCCGGUGCUGUAGAACCUACUAACUCUCUGCGCGGCACCGCAACCUCGGCUGUUUUCGUCGCCCGUAAUCGCUUCGCUGUGUUCAACCAGCCUAACCAACAGAUUGACAUCAAGGACCUCCAGAACUCUACCACCAAGACCAUCAAGCCUCCGCCAGGCACCGUCGACGUCUACUUUGGUGGCACUGGCUGCCUAUUGCUCAUCACUCCCACUACGGUUGUUCUUUACGACAUCCAGCAAAAGAAGCAGCUUGCCGAGCUCGCUGUCAACGGAGUGAAGUAUGUUGUCUGGUCAUCUGACGGCUUGUACGCCGCUCUGCUUAGCAAGCACAAUGUGACCAUUGUCAACAAGUCUCUGGAACAGGUCAGCACGCUGCAUGAGACCAUUCGCAUCAAGAGCGCCGUCUGGGACGAUACUGGUGUCCUUCUCUACUCGACUCUCAACCACAUCAAGUACACUCUUAUGAACGGUGACAAUGGUAUUGUCCGCACCCUUGACCAAACCGUUUACCUCGUUCGCGUCAAGGGUAGAAGUGUUUACUGCCUCGACAGAGCCGCCAAGCCCAAGGUUAUGACCAUUGACCCAACAGAAUACCGUUUCAAGAUGGCUCUUGUCAAGAGACACUAUGACGAGAUGCUGAACAUCAUCAAAAACUCGAGUCUUGUUGGUCAGAGCAUUAUCUCUUACUUGCAGAAGAAGGGAUACCCCGAGAUUGCUCUUCAGUUCGUCCAGGAUCCCCAGACCAGAUUCGAGCUGGCCAUCGAGUGUGGAAAUCUUGAGGUCGCUGUUGAGAUGGCCAAGCAGCUGGACCGUCCCAAGCUCUGGCAACGCUUGAGCACUGAAGCUCUGGCUCAUGGCAACCACCAAGUUGUCGAGAUGACCUACCAGAAACUUCGCAACUUCGACAAGCUUUCAUUCCUGUACUUGUCGACUGGUGACGAAUCAAAGCUACACAGAAUGGCCAAGAUUGCUGAACAUCGUGGCGACAUGACUUCUCGCUUCCAAAACUCCCUCUACCUUGGUGAUGUUCAAACCAGAAUUGACAUGCUCAAGGAGAUCGACCAGUAUCCUCUUGCAUACCUGACUGCCAAGGCCAACGGCAUGGAAGAGGAGUGCCAAAACAUCCUUGAAGCUGCCGGGCUCACAGAAGACCAAGUCACUAUGCCUGAUACUGGCAAGCCGCUCUCAACACCACCUGUCAUUGUUCCUACCUUCCAGUCGAAUUGGCCCGUCAAGUCGUCUGGUUCAUCUUCGUUCGAGAAGGCCUUGCUUGCCGAUGGUGGUGCCGAGGAAGUUGUGCCCGCAACCAACGGUUACGACGCCGACUUCCUUGAGGCUGAGACCGCAGUCCCUGAGGAUACUGCCGAGAUUGAGCAAGAAGACGAUGAGGAUGCUGCCGGUUGGGACAUGGGUGAUGACAGCUUCGCCGAGGCUGAAGAAGAAUUCGUCAACGUUGAGACCGUGGAGGCAGGCGCUGGUAGCAGUGAAGCAGAUGUUUGGGCACGUAACUCACCAGUCGCCGCUGACCACGUUGCCGCCGGAUCUUACGAGUCUGCCAUGAACCUUCUCAACAGGCAAGUAGGUGCUGUCAACUUCAAGCCUCUUGAAGCUAGGUUCGAGGAGAUUUACACUGCUUCGCGCACCUUCUUGCCGGCGAAUCCUGAAUUGCCGCCUCUUGUCAACUAUGUUCGCCGCACACUCAAGGAGAGCGACUCACGAAAAAUCCUACCAUUCAUUCCUGGUGAUCUCGAGACCAUAACCACGACCGACCUGCAAGCAGGAAAGCAAUCAAUGCAGAAGAACAAACUAGAAGAUGGUGUUCAAAUAUUCCGCAAGAUCUUGCAGACCCUGAUUGUCAACGCUGUCUCAUCGCAAGCACAAGUCAACGAGGCAAAGGAGCUUAUCCAGACAGCUGCACAAUACGUUCUUGCUAUGUCGAUCGAGUUGACUCGCAGAGAGCUUGUUGGAGGCACCACAGAUUUGAGCUCUUUCUCUGAGGAGGACAAGAAGCGGGCUCUUGAGCUGUCGGCUUACUUCACAAUUCCUGCUAUCGAGCCUCAACACCAAACCUUGGCCUUGUUCACUGCCAUGAACUUCGCACACAAGAACAAGCAGCUGAGCAGUGCCCUCAACUUUGCCAAUGCGCUAAUCGAAAGAGGAACAAAUGCUCGUUUCAAGGAGAACGUAANNGCAAAGAAGGUCAAGGCUGUAUGCGAGCGCCAACCCGGCGAUGCAGUCGAGAUCGAAUAUGACUCGUUUGCCGAGUUCGACAUUUGUGGUGCAUCCUAUACCCCGAUUUACAGCGGCGAGCAAAGCGUAAGCUGCCCCUACGAUGGCGUCAAGUACCAGGCACAGUACAAGGGUACAGUCUGUAAGGUGUGCGAGAUCUGCGCCAUCGGAGCGCCGGCUAGCGGUUUGAGGCUGACUGUUUAA